AUGUCGCUCGCGUGCCGCGCCGGGCACGUGAAGUGCGUCCAGGCGCUGUUGGACGGAGGCGCGAAUCCGGUCGAGCGUUCGGGCCCGCGAGGGAUGACCCCGCUGAUGCACGCCGCGUGUAAAGCGCAGUCCGACGUCGUGGAGAAGCUGUUGAAAAAUCCAGAGGUGAGCGCGGACGUGGAGGCGAAAGACGACGCGGGGAUGAGCGCGCUUUUGCACGCCGCCGCGGCGGGAUGCCCGGGGACGUAUCAACAGAUCGCGAGGCUUUGGACGGGGGGGGAGAACGACACGUACGACGAGAGAGACGCGAAGGGCCGCACGCCGCUCGCGCUCGCGGCGAGGUUUGGGGGGAAGCGAAUGGUCGAGUACGUCAUCGAAAAAGCGGGCGUGAUCGCGUGCGGGGAGUUUGACGACCAGAACGAGAGCCCGCUGUUCGCGGCGAUCAAAGGCGGAUUCGUCGGAGAAGACGACGCCGCGGAGCUCAUCUUCCGCGCGUACCCGGUGCACGAACGGAAGCUCGAGGUGAUGGAGAUCAAGAGCAACGAGGGGAUGACGAUGCUGCUGUGGGCGGCCGCGCACGGGAGGGACGCCGCGUGCGAGUGGCUCGUGAAGAACGGCGCGAACCUGCUCGCGACGGAUAAGAAGGGGCGGCUGCCGAGGCAAACCGCGGAGCAGCACGGGAAGUUUGACACGUCGGCGUUGUUGUCGCAGCUCGCGAAGAAGGAGUGGUUGCGGUUGUGA